AUGGAAUUCGUCGGCCACAUCCAAGCGAAUAAUGUGGAACAAUACUUUGCAGACGGCCGUGACCUUUUUCAAAUGUCAGUCCGACAGGCAAUUUUAGCGCAAAUCAUUGCUCACUGCAAGGGCGGGUCGCAAUUCGCAGCUGAGGACUUCUCAGCACUUUCGCAUCUAUCUAUCUAUCUAUCUAUCUACUUUGCGCAUCAAAAUUGCAUUUGGAAAUCCUCUUUUUCUGAUGGAGUUAAUUUUGUAAAUAAAAAGAAAUUCUAUCUAUCUAUCUAUCUAUCUAUCUAUCUAUCUAUCUAUCUAUCUAUCUAUCUAUCUAUCUAUUGUGCUAGCCGCUCUUCUUUGCCACUCUUUCUCCUUUAUUUUCUUUAUCUAAACGUUUCUCUUCUCUUUCGAAAGAUUUUCUCAAAUUUUCUCAUUUUCUCGCUUUCUUUCCAAAAAGAAAGAAAGCGAGAAAAUGAGGAUAGAAGAGAAGGCGAAAAAGAAAAGAUAAAAAUCUUUUCUUUUUCGUCUUCUCGCCUCAUUUUCUCCCUUUCUUUCUUUUUGAGGAAUUAUCUUAUCCCUUUCCUUCUCUAUCUGGUUCUCCCUCUCAUUAUUCCUAUCCUCUUCCUUCUUUAUUUCUCUCCCCAUUAUUCUUACCCUUUUUUCUUCUUCUCUCGCUUAUUAGUCUCAUCCCUUUCCUUCUCUAUCUGUUUCUCUCCCUCAUUAUUCCUAUUCUUUUCCUUUAUUUUUCUCUCUCUCUCUCAUUAUCCUUUUUUCUCUGUUUCUCUCCCUCAUUAUCCUUUUCUUCCACUACCAUAUAUCUAUCUAUCUAUCUAUCUAUCUAUCUAUCUAUAUCUAUCUAUCUAUCUAUCUAUAUGGACUAAGAAAUUCAAUAAGAUAGCACUCUUUUUAUUCCUUUCUUUUUUUUUUCUACUUUUUCCUUGCUUACUGCCGUCUCAUUUCUUUUUUCUUUUUUCUGUUUCUUCUCUUUUUUUUUCUUGCUUACCGUCAGCCCCAUCUUGA